CUGUGGCCAGUGUUACCCUUGUACCUCUGCGCCUUCUCUGUAUUUUCUUCAUUGCCCUCGUCGCUUGGCCAUGUGCACUUUUAGGACGGAUGUGCUGCCCAAUAUGUGCAAAUUCGGAGCCGAUUCCAAGCUGGAAACGGGAGUAUCUUACGUUGGCAGUGACAGCGGGAUUUCAGCAUCUCUUCCGUGCUUCACAGUUUGUGUUGAAAUCCUUGGGUCGUGCAUUUUUCUUCUGUAUGGGCUUCAUGCAAAUUAAGGUGAAAGGGAAAAAGGCCGACACAACAGAGGCUCCUAUUCUUGUCGUUGCUCCUCACUCAAGCUUCUUUGAUGCAGCUGUGAAUAUUGUUGCUGAGAUACCAUCAACUGUCUCAAGAGCUGAGAAUGCUGACAUUCCGUUGUUUGGAUUAUUACUGCAAUGUUCUCAACCUGUGUUGGUAUCACGCCAUGAAACAAAUUCUCGAAGGAAAACUGUUGAAGAGAUUACAAAGCGUGCACAAUCCAGAGGAAAAUGGCCUCAGCUGAUGAUUUUUCCAGAAGGUACUUGUACAAAUCGUACUUGCCUCAUCACUUUUAAAUCAGGUGCUUUUAUUCCUGGAGUUCCUGUUCAGCCAGUAAUUAUUCGAUACCCAAAUAGACUGGACACUGUUACAUGGACUUGGCAAGGACCUAAUGCGAUGACGCUUAUGUUCUUAACGUUAUGUCAACCUUGUUCAAAUGUGGAAGUUGAGUUUUUGCCUGUGUAUGUACCAAGUGAAGAAGAAAAAUGUGAUCCACUCCUAUAUAGUAGCAGAGUUCGUAAUAUUAUGGCCUUAGCAUUGGAUCUGCCGAUUACAGACCACACAUUUGAAGAUUGCAGAUUGAUGAUUUCAGCCGGUGAACUGACUUUGCCCAUGGAAGCUGGCUUAGUGGAGUUUACCAAAAUUAACAAAAAACUCAAUUUGAAUUGGGACAAUGUAAGGAGCCAACUGGACAAUUUUGCUGCAAUUGCCGAUAUAUCCAAGGGUGGAAGGAUUGGUAUUGAAGAAUUUGCAAAUCACUUGAAACUGCCAGUUACACCUCCACUUAGGGAAGUGUUUGCUCUUUUUGAUCGGAAUGGCGAUGGCACCAUCGAUUUCAGAGAAUAUAUAAUUGGUUUGGUGGUUCUUUGUAGUCCUGCCAAUACAGAGGAAACUAUUAAGUUUGCAUUUCAGUUAUUUGACUUGGAUGGAGAUGAAUAUAUAAGUGAAGAUGAGUUUGCUGCUCUCCUGAGAUCCUCUUUGGGUGUGCAUGAUCUUGACGUUUCCAAAUUAUUCUCAGAUAUAGACGUGAAAGGUAUUGGAAAGAUCUCGUAUGAAAUAUUCCGCGAAUUUGCUCUGGCACAUCCAGAGUAUGCCAAGCUGUUUACCACCUACCUUGAACUUCAGCGGUACAAAGUAUUGCAGACAAAAGAUGACAGUGAUGAUGUGGGAACAGUUAAAAAUGCACAGUCAUCUACCGCCUCUGAUGAAAGUUUAAGUAGCUCAGACAAGAAGGCUGACUGAGGUCAAAUUACUUUUGUAUUGUGAAUAGAAGUUACCAAAAUAACGUCUUUGAGGUCCAAGCAGGAUUCAGAAGUUCCUGUUGUAAGAUCUGCCAGCUGUCCUUUUAUUAUGGUGUAAAUAUAUUGUGUCUGUCAUUUUAUGAUGCUUCAUCCUGUAAAUAAAUCAAUUUUUUUUUAAGGUAACUGCUCAUAAGAAAGACCAAAAUAUAGUUUGGUCAUUUUCAUUUCAUUGCAGCUUUUCUAUAAAAAAAAAACAAAAAAAAAAAU